GGCGCCGACAUGGUCAAUCCAUAGAGAAUCCAUGCCGUACGACGUGUAGAGGUCUUUCUUCACCCACCUAGGUGCCUGUAUGCUCUGAAGAAAAGAAAGCUUCAAUCAUCGUGAACGCAACGUGCGAUAACACGCACGCGCGAGAAUUUGGAAUAUCACCGUCGUACAUGUUCCUUCUCGACCGCCACUAGAUACCGCCGCGACGCGAUAGUUUCUCAGAUUGCACUUUGUUCGACAAGAUCCUCCAUAGAUCCUCGAAACUGAGGCAAUUAUAUCCUUACACUGCGCGUUCCAAAUUUCUCGACGCUGCUGUCUCUGCGCUACACUAAUUCAGAUUCGAAUCAUUCCUGACAAGUACCUGUCGCGAAGGACGCACCGUCACUUAUUCAAUCUUGACUGCCUACUAUGCCUCCUGGGGUGGAAUACUAUUGCCCAUGUCUGUCAUCAACUCCUCAUCCUCCGCCAUCCUCCCUAGCAUCCUCCUUGUACAGCUUCCACCCACUGCAUAGUCUGUUCUUCUGCGAAGAAUGUGACGCUGUUAGAUGUAAUCGCUGUGUAAUGGUGGAAGUCAGUGGGUACUAUUGCCCUAACUGUCUAUUCGAGGUGCCUAGUGCAAGCGUUCGCGCAGAGAAAAACCGAUGCGCGCGGAAUUGCUUCAUGUGUCCCAAUUGCCAGAACACGCUUACAGUUGUAGCCUCAGACCCGCCGGACAAUGGUGAAACUCGAACGUCACCUAUCGUACUCAGUGCAGUGGGAGAACCACCGUUCUUUCUCUAUUGCAAUCACUGUCGAUGGGACUCUGCCGAAGUGGACAUGACGUUUGAGAAACCUACCGGGUUGGCUGCUCAACUACAAAAGUUCGAAGAUUCUGCCCCAGAAGCCCUUGAAUUCGAGCGUCUGAAAGAACAUUUUGAGCCAUUCUUACGUGCAUCCCCGUCCUCCUCUACCCUCCCGUCUAGCUCACAUCAUCAUCUAAAUCCUAUCACAGCUGCAGCUUCUUCCGCCCUGGCGCGUGACAUUCCCGGAGUGGUCAAGUAUAACCCUUUGACUCGAAGCCGCUCUGGUCGAGAUCGAGCGGCCGCCAAAAGCGAAAUUCCUGAUUACCGAGCGCGAGUUGAGGCAGGGUCCAGCCAUGGUUUGGCGUCGGGGAGUGGAGGCGAAGUGGAUGUGGAUUUCAUGAAACAUUUGGAGACCGCGGGUGAGGUUGCUUCACUUGAACAGCGUUGGGUGAAUAGUUGGACAACGUCGUUACAUGCAAAUGACCUGAAACCACUACGCAUCCCUCUUCAUUCCAAGAAAUCCAAACGUUGUCCAAGUUGUCGCCAUAUCCUCAUCAAACCCGAACAGAAAGCCCAGUCCGUCCGUUUCAAGAUCAAAUUAGUCGCAGCCAACUACCUCCCCGCAAUCACAGUCAGCCUUCCUCACGCUCGCGCCGCAAUGGAAAUGAUCAAACGUUCUUCAGCGCUGAACAAGUCCACUUCAACCGCAGUCGCAGAGGAGCACGCUGCUGCUGCGUCCGGAGCGAUGAUUGCCGGGAAGACGUAUCCUUUCCAUUUGGCAUUUACGAACCCACUAUACGAUCCCAUCCAAGUGCGCCUUCAUGUCCAACGUACACUUACACCCUCUUCGGCCGAUGGAAAGCAGAAAGCGCCGUUCGCGGUCACAUUGCCGUCGUCUGCAUUUCCCAUUGCUGCGUUUGCGGAAGCUUGGGAAUAUGAAGAUGACGAAGAUAUGUUCGGUGAUGAAGGUGAUUAUGACGGUGCCAGAGGAACUAAGGACCGAGAUGGACGUGCGAGACCGAGGACUGUUGGGGUACUCGAGCGGAGAGCUAAUGUGACUGUGGUUGGUGGUGAGGUCGUUCUCGGGAAAGAAGCUCGAGGUAAUAUCAAGGUACUUCAAUAUGCUGGUAACGUAUACUUACCGGUCGGACGACCCUGAACCCGAGAAUGAUGACCCUACUGCGACACCUUCCAAGAGGGGAACGCAGGACAAACAACCUCAGAUGAAGACGUUCUCGUUUUAUACAGUGGUCGAGCUGGGAAAUAUCAUACGUAGGGAAGAGUCGAAGGUGGACAUGGAUCCAUGAUAUGUUCGUACUCACUGCGUUUGAGUUAUUGGCAAUUUCCCUCUGGCGUUGUGCUGUUUAUCCUUGUGUCCUCUUAACACGAUGCUUUGUGAAGCAUUGUCUUGAACCCCGGCUAAUUGUGACUUCAUAAACAUCUCCCUUCCUAGUGACGUCAGCUUUCGAAAUCACAUAUCAACGGCUGUCUUACCCUGCAUAUUCCUAUCUAUCUCUGGUUCCUUGUACCUCAAUCCACUGCGAACCAUUGCCUGCACCUGCGACGUCUGCUUACGUCUUCCUUUUCUGGCUCAUUAUCUCUUUAUGCAUGGUCGGCUUGUUGUCUCGGCUGCGCUUCUCCAAGAAUAUAGUCAGCCGUAUAGG